CACAUAGUGAUGGCACUUGUGGAUAAGAUUUUCGAAUGGAUGUCGUGAAACUCCAUUUUUUGCGAUCCUUACAAAUACUACAUGCAAAAAGAAAGAAAACCCCAAUCUCUCUCUCUCUAUCUGCAAGCAUUAGCUGAGCUCCAAAGGUGCGAACAAGUAACUUCAUCUUCAUCAAGAACUUAAUAUUGUCUCUUUAAUGGGGUUAGACCUACCUACUCAGUCCUCAGGCUUGCUGAUUACUAGAUAUUUUGUGAUUGGGACAUUCCUUGGAUGAAUUUGAAAGUGGACUAAAUUUGCAGUUCUGAUCCUGGGAUGCAAAAUUGUUGAAGUUAAACACGAUCAAGAUUUUCAAAUUGGCAAAUAAGGACUGAAAAAAAAGCCUAGAGAUCCACAUGGGAGAGUCCAAAACAGAGAGUGCUUAUUCUGGGACUGUCAGCAAACAUCUUGGAAGACCUACAGUCAUCAAGAAAAAACAGUUUCAGGCAUUGUCGACUAAGGAAAAAAAUCCAGAAGAGAAGAUUCAGUUAUCUCCAAUGCCAGAGUCAACUCUCUGCACUGUCUGCAAGAGCAAUAGUAGUUGCCAAACUGUUCGCUCAAAAACAAAACUAAUGGACAUUCUGAUAGAAAGAGGGAAACCACAGGAAGCACAGUCCAUUUUUGAUGGUCUGAUUGAAGGAGGACACAAACCAUCCUUGAUAACAUACACAACCCUUUUAGCUGCUUUGACAAUCCAGAAGCGCUUUGACUCAAUACAUUCGAUCCUCGGUCAAGUGGAAGAGAACAGAAUGAAGCCCGAUUCAAUUUUCUUUAAUGCUGUUAUUAAUGCAUUUUCUGAAUCUGGGAAUAUGGAGGAAGCCAUGAAAACCUUUUGGAAUAUGAAGGAAAGUGGAUCUAAACCCACUACCAGUACUUUCAACACAUUAAUUAAAGGGUAUGGAAUUGCUGGCAAACCUGAAGAGUCUCUCAAAGUGCUAGAGCUAAUGUCCCGUGAGGAAAAUGUGAAACCAAAUCUCAGGACAUGCAAUGUACUCGUCAGAGCAUGGUGUAACAAGAAGAACAUUACAGAGGCUUGGAAUGUGGUGUAUAAGAUGGUAGCUUCUGGUUUACAACCUGAUGCUGUUACUUACAACACGAUAGCGACUGCUUAUGCUCAAAAUGGGGAGUCAGACAAGGCUGAGUGGAUGAUUUUAGAAAUGCUGAAUAAUAAUGUGCAGCCUAAUGAACGAACUUGUGGAAUUAUCAUAGGUGGGUAUUGCAAAGAAGGUAAAAUAAAGGAUGCCUUGACGUUUGUCUACAAGAUGAAGGAUUUCGGCUUGCACCCUAAUCUUGUUGUUUUCAACUCUCUGAUCAAAGGAUUUCUUGACACUAUGGAUAGAGAUGGGGUCGACGAGGUCCUAACAUUGAUGGAAGAAUUUGGAGUGAAACCAGAUGUAAUAACUUUUAGCACUAUCAUGAAUGCCUGGAGUGCUGCAGGAUUCAUGGAUAAGUGCAAGGAAAUUUUUGAUGACAUGGUGAAGGCUGGCAUAGAGCCUGACAUCCACGCGUUCAGCAUUCUCGCUAAAGGUUAUGUGCGAGCACGAGAACCAGAGAAAGCAGAGGAAAUUCUGACUGCCAUGGUUGAAUCGGGUUCCCAACCGAAUGUAGUUAUCUUCACAACUGUCAUAAGUGGAUGGUGCAGUGCUGGUAAAAUGGAGGAUGCAAUUAGGGUUUUCGAGAUGAUGUGUGAAUAUGGAAUAUCUCCCAAUUUGAAGACUUUUGAAACCCUAAUUUGGGGAUAUGGAGAAGCAAAGCAACCAUGGAAAGCGGAAGAAAUGCUGCAAGUUAUGGAAAGGUUUAAAGUUCAGCCUCAUAAAAGCACUCUUCUGCUGAUUGGAGAAGCUUGGCGCGCCACUGGAUUAACCAAAGAGGCAAACAAAAUAAUGGAUACCCAUCAGAGAGAUGCUAAGGAAGAGAUACCAGUGGAAAGCUUAGAGAACCUUUAUCAGAGGCAAGCUUCCUCUUAUUCCAAUCCAUUGCAGAUACCGAGCUCUGUUGCAAUUGAUCAAAAAGGAUCAGCUGCGGUGACGAAAAGAAGCCGGGUGGUGUUGAGAGAAGCUGAGUUUUCAUCUGAAAGCUUGUGGACUGCAACUAAAUCCAUGUACCUCACUUGUAGAUUUGGAGCAAGAAUGCCAAUUAUCUGCCGGAAGCAAUCUCAGGGGCAGCUUUGUAUGCAUGGUCAACUUGCACAGUCAUGUACAGUGGUGUUUUUGAACUAAAAGGAAGGCAGUAUUGCUGGUUUCCUGAUGCACACAUUGGCUUGUAUUUGCCACUGUUGUAGAUAGCGACUAAAGGGGGUCUUCAUUUCAUAAACUUCCUAGUUCCCCGGAUAACCUCAAGUUUCUCAGAAAAUUGCUGAUCAUGUAAAUGUUUUUCUAUGCACCAUGUGCAUGUGCUAACUGUGCAGUUAUACAAUUGUUGACAUUGUAAGACAGGAAAAGAGGCAUUUAUUGUUUUUUUGCUUUUCAA